AUGGGCGACCCCUUCCUUGAUGACCAAAACAUCAGUACCGAGGACGUCGUCUUCACAAAAGCCGACGGCGAGCUGCAGAAGCUCGCAUGGCGUCUCAACGGCAAGGCAUGGGCUGCCCCCAUGAGCAUUGACGACUACGUAGCCCGGGAGACACACUUGUCGCAGCAGGCGCUGUCCAAAGACGGGCGUUGCAUCUACUGGGUCUUAUCCCACAAGGACGACCCUACUCACAUUGUUGCUUCGUGCGAGUCCGUUGAAAAGACCGUCUUCAUCGCCGGACGCGGCACAGGCAUCAACGACGGCUUCGUGGAAGCAAAGGCUUAUGCUAUCGCCAGUGUGUAUACAAACCCCAAGUAUAGGCGAUUGGGGAUGGCUGCAUACAUGAUGGAGAAGCUCCAGGAGCACAUGGACGCCGACAGUGAGUGCAGUGCGCUGUACAGCGAUAUCGGCAAAAUAUACUACGCCAACCUUGGCUGGGCCGUCUUUCCCUCAGAUCAGGCGACCAUCUACCUGGAAUCAGAGGACUUCAAGCUCCCAGAGCACCCGGCGACAAGAUAUCUCACUUUGGGCGAGCUGGAGCCGCUGUGCGACAAGGACGUGGCCGCAGUCAAGGCCAAAUUCCAGGCACUCGCCGCUGACCACAAGAAGACACACGUGGCCUUCUCGCCCAACUAUCCGCAGAUCGCAUGGCAGCUGGCCCGGGAGCAGUUCAUGGCUGGCGUCCUGCACAAGCGCGAGAUCAAGCACCGAGGUGCCAUCACACAUAGCCGCAAGGCCUGGAUGUAUUGGGAUCACGACUGGCGCGAGGGCAAGCUUAAAAUCAUGCGGAUCGUCACUCUUGACCACGACCCGGAGACAGGUGUGAAGGUCAUGGAGGAGCAUAAGAUCGUCGACGUCUUGGAGCUGCUGCGGGCGGCAGCUGCGGAAGCCACCGAGUGGGGACUGCGGAAGAUUUUGAUCUGGAAUCCCGACCCGACUGUGACUCAGGGGAUCAAGGGCUUCCAUAACUACCAUGAGGAUGAUGUUGAUGUUAUCUUUGAUGAGAGGUACGAGGGCUCAAUCCCGAGUCUCAGGUGGAAAGGGGGAAGGAGCACGGAGAACACGGUGUGGGAGGACAAUUCUUACUACGCAUGGUGCUGA